CCUUUGCUUUCGGUAUGAGAGAUUCUCGAGCGCUCUAGAAGCGUCGAACGAGCUGCGUCACUGGGCGAGAAGCGAGGACAGAGACACGCGAGGAGAAGUGCUCGUGCUCGGCUUUUCUCUUCAUUCAAAUAAACAACCGGGGCGACGCCGACUUCACUGCAGAACCGUUCACAAAACAAUCCCAAAAUAGUAACCGAGAUGCAGCCAGCUACUGGAAAGUGGUAUGACAGAAGGGACUCAGUCUUUAUUGAGUUUUGUGUUGAAGACAGUAAAGAUGUCAAAGUUAAUUUUGAAAACUCAAAGCUUAGUUUCAGUUGUCUUGGAGGAGUAGAUAAUGUUAAAUAUCUAAAUGAAGUUGACCUUUUUGAUGCAGUUGAUCCAAAUGUAUCCAAACACAAGCGUACUGACAGAUCUGUUUUGUGUUGUUUACGGAAAGCAGAAGCCGGCAAGUCGUGGCCUCGAGUCACAAAAGACAAGGCAAAGCUGAACUGGCUCAGUGUUGAUUUCAAUAACUGGAAAGACUGGGAAGAUGAUUCAGAUGAAGAAGCGUCCAGCUUUGAUCGCUUCUCAGAUAUGAUGAACAAUAUGGGAGGUGGUGAAGAUGAUUUGCCAGACGUUGAUGGAGCAGAGGAUGAGGAAUCGGCUGAUAGUGACGAUGAAAAAAUGCCAGAUCUGGAGUAAAGAAAAACAGGAAUACUUAUACAGCUGGAAAGAAGAAUUAUCACAACUGUAAAGAAAAAAAAAAAAUAGAUUUGAGUUGGUAGCUGUACAAGACUGUUUGUUUUUUGCAUCUUUCAAAGCCAUUCUCACCCAGUAUAAAAGGCUUCACUGAGGGUUGAUGCGUACCAUUGUACUGGCCUGUCUUAACUCCAUGGACAGUGCUGUACUUACAUGUUUUGUUUAUGCAUGAAAUAUUACCAGACUUUUCAUAAUGUAUAGUUAUUUGUUUAAAAACAACACAAGCAAUGGCUAUGGUGAAAGGUGUGUUAAAAGGUUUGACAUGAAGUGUACAAAAAAAAAAAUAAA